GCCACGGUUUUCGUAUUGGGGAGGGGAGGACAACGGGUUGCUUUCAUAAACGAUGACUGCCACAGAGGUGUUUGCACCCAGAUCUGAGGAUACAACGAGUUUGGCGCUGCUGGCACCCCGUGGAUGUAGGGGAACGAGACGCGCCUCGGGGCUGUAGUUAACACUCCCUGUUUACACGCAGGGAUGCAGUCGCUGUGACUGGGAGAGGGAGUCCUUCAGCAGAGCAGCGAACAGCCCGAAACACAACACAGCAGCGCCCGAACAGACAGCAGCCUUCCGGACUCGUUUCAACAAUCUACCGGGCGGCUACCGGAGGAUGUUUCAGCAAGGAUGCUGCGCUUCCCCGUGAAGAAGAUCCGGAAGCAGUUCAAGCUCCUGCUGCUGCUGGUACUGCUCACCUCGGCCGUGUGGUUCACCUACCUGCACAUCAACCAGGGCAAGACCAUCAAACUACACUUCAACUACGGAAAAGAUGGAGAGAGACAGACGGAGGGGACCGACGCCAGCCGAAAGAGGGACGCUCGCUCCUCAGCCGGACACCACAAGAGUGAGGACACCAGCGACAGCAGGGAGGACGAUGCAGCAGAUGACGAACCAAUGACAGCAGGGGCUGACGGCAGAGAUCACUCCCAUAUUCGGAAGUUCCUCAGCCAGCACACCAAGAAAUUACCUUGGAAACCAGAGCAUAAGGGCCAGGCUAACCUUCACGUGUUUGAGGAUUGGUGUGGUUCCUCUAUAGCCCAGCUGAGAAAGAACCUGCACUUCCCUCUCUAUCCUCAUGCCAGGACAACAGUGAAGAAACUGGCAGUGGCUCCAAAGUGGAAGAACUAUGGUCUGAGAAUAUUUGGCUACCUUCACCCGUACAGAGAUGGUGACUUCCAGUUCUCAGUAUCAUCUGAUGAUAACUCUGAGUUCUGGCUGAGCCCUGAUGAGAGUCCUCUUAAUGCCAGACUGCUGGUCUAUGUGGGACAGCUGGGGACAGAGUGGACCGCUCCAGGCGAGUUUAGCAAGUUCAGGUCCCAGUCAUCGAAGUCUGUGCAUUUGAUCUCAUCCAGACGGUACUACUUUGAGAUUCUCCACAAACAGGAUGACAAGGGUUCGGAUCAUGUGGAGGUUGGGUGGCGUCCGUUCCUGCCUGGUCUGAAAUAUGAAGUGAUAGACUCAGCCUACAUCUCCCUAUACACAGAUGAAUCCAGUCUGAAGAUGAACAGUGUGGAUCAUAUCCCUCAGACCUUGGCCAGUCACAUUCGUCUCCCAGAGGAGUCACAGCCUCAGGGUCUGGAGGGAGGCCGUACCAUGCUGCAUGGAGCUGAUAUGCUGAAACCGGAUCCCAGGGACACCUUCUACAGCACCCCUAUGAUUGACCCCUCUCGACUGGAAAACGUUCUUCCGGCCUGUCUUUACUCUCCAACCUAUGUAGUUAAAGAUUUUCCCAUUGCCAGAUACCAGGGCCUGCAGUUUGUCUAUCUGUCUUUCGUCUACCCUAAUGACUUCACGCGCCUCACACACAUGGAGCGAGAGAACAAGUGUUUCUACAGAGAGUCCCCUAUCUACUUGGAGAAGUUUGGUUUCUACAAAUAUAUGAAGAUGGAUGAGGAAGAAGAUGACAGGCCGUUCUUCUUCCCGAACCCAGAUGAUUUCUUAGAGGAGGAGGAGGUGGUAGAUGCAGAGGAUGAGGCAGAGAUUGUUGGCACACAGUCACCCAAAAAGCCCUCUUAUCCAAGCCAGACCAGCCAUACUUCAAACCCCUUCUAUCAGCAAUCAAAACCUGGGCCCACACCAGCUGACCAAGAGAAGGAGAAAGGGAAGGAAGAUCCCAGUGAUGAAGAAGAGGGGGGAGCAGUCAAUAGUAUCAUACAGCACAAAGAAAGGAGGCAUUUUCCUCGCAGAGAUAGACAGAUGGAUAGGGACAGAGACUGGGGGAGAGAUCAUACAAGGGAGAAUCUGAGAAAGGACAUGGGGAUGAGACUUGAAAAUAUAGAACCAAGGGUUCUUCAGCGUGAUACUGACAGCGUGGUCAGGGGUCGCUCUCUGUCCUGGGUCCACACUGGUUCUGCAGAGCUGGAACCUGCCAGGAAAGGCGGAGGAACAGGUGGUGGAGCAGACAAGGGAGUCGAUACACGGACUAAACUCAGCAAGUCUUCACUUCUUUUUCCCCAGAAGUCCUCCCUCUCUGCCCUUGCCAGCCGAGCCAGGCAGAUCCUCAGCAACUCUGCACAUAGCAACAACCUCCAUGAUAGGCUUCCUGGGAACAAAAAAGAGAAGAGGGAGGAGAACAAGAUCUAUAUCACUAGGCCCAAGCCUGUGAGGGAGAGAGAGAAAGAGAGGGAGCAGCGGCGAGAGAAGAGGGAGGAGAGGGCAUCUCGACACCCUAGAGAGGUUUUCCCUGGAGUCUUUUUAUACCAAACAGGAAAGACCACCAGAUUGGUCAACCUGGGUGCCCGGAGACAUGGUGGGAGAGGUGUAACAGGAAGUAGGAGCCUAAUUAGUGCCCCUCAGCUCUGGCUUAACCCCCCCAUAAAACAAGGUAAGGCUUCUCCUCAAAAUGGAAGCAUCAACACACACAAUGAAUAUGUGCAGAAGUCCGCUAAUAAGGCAGCAGGGGCAAAAGGGGAACCUCAAGAUUUAAAGAGUACUCUCAUGGCUGACCUACCCAGCAAAGAAGACCACCUAAUCCCACCAUCCUAUCACCAAGGUCCCCCUCGUCCUUCUGUUACCCCACCAAGAUUAAACUUUACAGAAAACACAAUCCAAGGUCAAUUGCGGGUUACUUCUUACCUCCGGACCUCAGAGAUUACAGAGUCCCAGCAGCAGCCAGACCCCAACCCUGCAGAUAUCGACCAAGAUACAAACCGCUCUAAUCCUGACCCCGACCCUGAGCCUGAGCCAGAGGAGGGUGAAAUGUCAGAUUACAGCUACGAAGAGGUAGAAGCUCGGCCAGGUUGGGCAGAGGAGAGCAUUAACUGGCAGAGGACAUUCUCAGUCAAUCCAAUGGACUUUGAGCUGCUGCGCUCUGACUGGAAUGACUUGCGCUGCAAUGUAUCUGGCAACCUGCAGCUGGCAGAGAGUGAGGUGGUGGACGUGCUAGCACAGUACAUGGAAAAACUCAAUGAGCGCAAUGGGGGGAUCUAUACCCUGCUGCGAAUCAUCAACGUUGAAAAGCGCCGUGACUCGGCAAGAGGGAACCGGUACCUUGUGGAGCUGGAGCUGAUGGAGAGAGGACGCAGUGUGGUACGCCUUUCAGAAUACAUUUAUUUGCUGCUACACCGUGGAAAGCAGGGAGAGGAAAGUUUAGAGAACACAGACUCUGCCCCAGCCUCAGCACCAGCUUCGGCCCUUUCCACUUCCACUCCCAGCCUCACCACCCCACCGCCUCCUCCUCCUACCAAGUCAUCUGCCCGCGCAGCAGCAACGCCCUGGAGCACUGCCUAUACUAAGCCUCUGCUCUGCCAGCCAGUCAUGUUGCAGUGGAGGAAAGAUGUCAUGAUACACUUUGUGGUCCCAGUGAAAAACCAGGCUCGUUGGGUACAGCAGUUCAUCUCUGACAUGGAAAAUCUUCAUCGUCAGACAAAAGAUGACAACUUCAGUAUCAUCAUUGUGGACUUUGAGAGUGAAGAUAUGGACGUGGAGCAGGCACUUCGAGAGAGCAGCGUUCCGAGAUAUGAGUAUCUUAGGAGAGAAGGGAACUUUGAACGCUCAGCAGGACUGCAGAUGGGAGUUGACACUAUUGAGGACAGUCACAGCAUCGUAUUCCUGUGUGACCUGCACAUCCAUUUCCCUCUCAACAUUUUGGAAAGCAUCAGGAAGCACUGCGUGGAGGGACGCCUUGCUUUUGCUCCCAUUGUUAUGCGACUCAGCUGUGGUAGUUCACCACAGGAGCCUGAUGGUUACUGGGAGGUAAAUGGCUUUGGCCUGUUUGGAAUCUAUAAGUCCGAUUUUGAUAAAAUCGGAGGGAUGAACACAGAAGAAUUCAAAGACCGCUGGGGUGGAGAGGAUUGGGAGCUGUUGGACAGGGUGCUGCAGAAUGGUUUGGAAGUAGAGAGACUACGCUUGAGGAACUUCUUUCAUUACUACCACUCCAAAAGAGGCAUGUGGAAUGCCCAAAACAAAAAAACUCCCAAGGGAUAGCGCACCCUGUUGGUCAUAGGAUCCUAAAACUACCUGCAGAUCCACUGUGUGUGUGAGAGAGAGACCCGUAGGAGCUCGCUCACUGCCUGAAUUCUGCCUUUUUGAAACAGGCUCCUUUCAGGGACACCUCGGCCCCUGCUGUGUAUUUGUCUGUAUGAGGAAACUGAAUCCAAAUUUGAAAUUUGGAGGUGUGCUCUUUAAACAGAUGGACCUGAGUCAUCAUUUUUUUUCCUCACUGACAGAACUACUGCACAGAGAGAAGAGUUAUUUUUAUUCUCCUUCUCUCUGUCCUUUUUGGUGCAAUGUUUUCAGACAGACUGGAAAGCAGCUCUGUGUGUGUGGGUGUGGGUGUGGGUGUCAGUGUGUGUGGGUGUGGGUGUGUGUGUGGGUGUGUCGCCAUGACCGGAAGCACCUUUUUUUCUAACAAGGAGAUGUGAAGACAACCUAAGAUCUUUUUUCUAACAUGCUCUCACAUGGGAGCCUAAUAGAAUGUGUGUCAACAUGUUCAUCAGACAGAUUCAGACGUGGGGUUGUAGCUCAAGUAGAGGAACACUUUGUUUGGUAAAGCAGUACAUCAACUUCUACCUGUUAAAUAUCAUUAACUAGAAUGACUGAGGUGCGGAAUUCCGCCUUAUAUUGGAUAUUAUGAACCACAGAAAGUUUUCCAAUCAGAAAAAGCCCUUUCUCAAACAGAAGCAUCACCUUUAUAUCACUUUCUGCCCCUCUUUCUCCUUCAUUACUUCCAUUAUCUUAUUCCUUUCUCUAUCCUUCGCCUUCUUGUGCUAAUUUGUGUGUUUGUAUCUGUUUGUAAUAUUGUUUUAUAAUGUCAAUUUUGAAAUGCUGCAUUCAUAUUAAUGCUAGCUGUUGGUUAUGACAUGAUUCAUUUUGUUUUAAGUUAUUUUAUUUUAUUUUUUAAAAAGGGAGUGUUAUUUAUCCAGACCAAGCACGUACUUACAUUUGGGCUGCUAUUUCUGUUCAAAAACGCUGAAUUUGUGAGCAUUUCAGACCUUUAAAUCUACUGAGAGUUUUCUUUGGAGAAGACAACAAAAUGCUGUCUGCCAUUUGAUUUAAUAUUGUCAUGCCAUUGUUUGGAGCAUUUCCUGAGCUGAGUGUUGCAUUUUAAAUAUCAGAUUUGAGGGAUUAAAACUUCAUUUCUCAUAUUAAAAUCCCACGGAGACAGGGAAUGCUUGGCUGUUGAAAACCACCGACACUCUUCUUUUAAGCUCGCAUUAAGCUCUAACAGAAGGAAGACCAGUUCAUGUGUCGGACACGAUGGCACAAGGCAUGGCUGUUUCACAAAUGUGUGCCUUUAUCAGGGUUUGGAUACAGGCAGUUUUUAAGCUACUUUAAUGACUGAAGAGGGCGGGGACAGACAGAAAUACAACAGUAUUUUUCAGCAGGCUGUAAUGUCAGUGUAAAUUCAGAUAUACUGUAAAAAGAGGAAAAUAAUGUUCUCUCAUAAGGGUUAUAGAAGUGUCACUGUGUUUAUUGUAUUAUCUCAAAAGAAACGACAGGUUGGGUGGAAUUUUUAGUGAUAUGAAGUGCUCACUGGUUAGAUAGACUUAGAAGGAGAAUCAUUAAGAAUGACUACAAGUAGGAACAGAGGUAUAAUAAAGAGUCACUGGCAGCUGCAGUCCAGCAGGACCCCACCUGCUUCCAUUAUGGCUGGAGGCCAGGCUCCUAAUGCCUUCUGUUUAUGCAACAUGGCACUUAUAUUGAGGAAUAGUGGCUGGAGGGCUCUAGGUUGGACAUGUAUAUGGAUGAACACUAAUGAUCUGUUAUUGACUGUAUGAUUGUCAAAAUGCCCUCUAAGACCCUUUUUGCCUUUACAGGAAAAAAAGGUCUACACUGUACAUCAUUUUACAUCACAUGGGACUAUUUAAAAUAAAGAAACACAUUAAUAUAAGAAUAUAUAUAUAUAUAUAGAUAUAUAUAUGAAACAUAAAAAAUGAAAAAAUAAGUAUACAUUCCAAGGUAAUUUCUGUGAAAUUGUUUUGUAGAGAAAAGGUUUUAAGAAUGUAUUGUACUUUUAUUUUCAUUUGUUGUUUUUUGCAAAUAAAAUUUUAUCCUUA